AUGAAGUCGUUCGCUCUUCUUACUCUGGCAGCUGCCAGCAUCGUCAGCGCCACACCCACACGCACCGAGAAGGAGCUUCCAAAGCGCGCCGACUCUCUUCCUACUGUCACUGCGUCGGGCAAGGCUUUUUGGACUGGCAGUGAUCGUUUCUACAUGCGAGGAAUUGACUACCAGCCCGGUGGUUCCUCUGGAAACUCGGAUCCUCUCGCUGAUACUACCACUUGCAAGCGUGAUAUUGCCAAGUUCAAGGAUCUUGGUGUCAACACCAUCCGUGUCUACAUGAUCGACAACUCCCAGAGCCACGACGAGUGUAUGCAAGAGCUGUCCGAUGCUGGCAUCUACCUUGUUCUCGAUGUCAACAACCCCAAGUACUCGAUCAACCGUUAUGAACCCGCCGCCUCAUACAACGCCGUCUACCUUCAGAGCGUCUUCGCCACCGUCGAGGAGUUUGCCAAGUACGACAACACUCUGGCUUUCUUCUCCGGAAACGAGGUUAUCAACGAGCAGGCCAACUCAACCCUUGCCGCCCCAUACGUCAAGGCCACAACCCGAGACAUCAAGCAGUACCUUGGCUCUCGCGGUCUUCGUGCCAUUCCUGUCGGAUACUCUGCUGCCGAUGUCUCGUCAAACCGUGCCCAGACUGCCGACUACUUCAACUGCGGCUCUGACGACGCCCGCAGCGACUUCUUCGCAUUCAACGACUACUCGUGGUGCUCUCCCUCGAGCUUUACAACAUCUGGCUGGGAUCAGAAGGUUAAGAACUUCACUGAUUACGGUCUUCCCAUCUUCCUGUCCGAGUGGGGUUGUAUCGCCAACCCUCCCCGUUCAUUCGAGGAGCUUGGUUCUCUCAUGAGUGAUGACAUGACGGCCGUCUACUCUGGUGGUCUUGUCUACGAGUACAGCAAGGAGGGUAACGGCUACGGUAUUGUCGAACUUAAUGGCGACGACAGCGACGUGACCGAGACGGACGAGUACGAUAACCUCAAGUCUGCUCUGUCCAAGUACCCUGCUCCUACUGGUAGCGGUGGUGCCGUGUCAAGCACCUCUGCCGCCACUUGCCCAUCUACCGACGAUGACUGGCAGGUUGAUUCGGAUGCGCUCCCCGCUAUUCCUGACGAGGCCAAGGACUACAUGACCAACGGUGCUGGUGAUGGUCCCGGCCUGUCUGGCGAUGGAUCGCAAAACGCUGGUUCUACGUCGACAGGUACUGCAGAGGCCGGUUCCGGCUCCGUGUCUGCCACCUCAUCGGGUAAGAGCGACGGUGGUCGUCCGGCACCGCCCAUGGACCUCAGCUUCUUUGCUGUGACUGGUGUUGUGGGUAUGUUUACCCUGGUCGGUACUCUGCUGCUGUAA